AGUUCACUCCCAAAGAUAGAUCUAUCCGAGAGAGACACAAAUUCACUCUUUUUGACUUACUUUUUUAUAUUAUUUUUUUCCAGUGAAAAGCUGAAUUUGUCUUUUCCUAUUUCUCCGGAGUCAAUUUACGGCGGCUCCGUCGUGAAUUACGGUCAACGAUGUCAUUGACCGUGCCGGAUUUCGAUUUCAGAUUGACGCCUCAGUUUGGAUUUUCAUCGAUCGGGGAGCAUAGUUUUGCCGAUGUCGAUAAUCUGGAGCAUUGUAUUAAGUACUUAAAUCAGAGCUUAGUCACUUAUGGAUUCUCCGCUUCGCUCGACCUCUUCGCUGGCGAUCCUGUUUCGAUCGCUAGAACUUGCAAUUGCAUAUACGCUUUGCUUCAGCAGAGGCAGCGAGAUGUGGAAUUCAGAGAAUCUGCUAAUGAUCAGAGACAACGAGUUAUAUCCGACCUGUCGAGACUUGAGGCAAAAGUUGAAAGGCUUGAGACUCAAUUACAAGCCAAGGAGAGGGAGCUUGGUUCUGUCACAAGAACGGAAGCCAAAAACACAGCAGCUUUAAAGGCUCAGAAUGAGAAGCUUCAGAAAGAGAGAGAUGAGUUUCAGCGGAUGGUGAUUGCUAACCAGCAAGUCAAGACCCAACAGUUACAUGAAACAAAGAAAAAAGAAAAAGAGUACAUAAAGCUACAGGAGAGGUUAAACCAAGUGUUGAUGGAGAAAAAGAAGGAAACAAGAUCAGGCAUGGAGAUUAUGAGUCUACUCCAGAAAGAAGGGAGGCAGCGUGGAACAUGGAGCGGGAAGAAAACUGAUUCUGAUUUCUACAAAAAGAUUGUGGAUGCAUAUGAGGCGAAAAAUCAAGAACUGAUGGCAGAGAACACUGAUCUGAGAGCGUUACUACGAUCCACGCAGGGAGACAUGCGUUCUUUCUUGAAUGCUAAUGGAAGACAGAUCUUAGAUCCUUCUCAGUCUCCUCUGGGUGGGAAGACGGACGUUUUCGACCUGCCUUUUCGUAUGGCUAGAGGUCAAAUAGAAGAUAGUUUACGCUCUAAGAUGGUUUCCAUCAAGGAACGUAUGGGUCAGUUAGUAGAUGCACAAAAUGAAGUAGCCAUUACUUCAGAAGCAUCAGAGAGGGAACUUGAACUUGAAGCACAACUAGUCGAGGCACGCAGCAUUAUUCAAGAACAGGAAUCAAUAAUGUCAAAACAUUUAACUAAGACAGACCGGAGAAGGAACUCAGCUCCUCCACAGUCUAUGAAUGGACUUCGUGGCUGACUUAAAUACUGUGAAUCGCAGGUGCAAAAUUUAUCAAAUAUCUUAACAAGGAAAAUGCCACAUAUCUUUCCUAAUCAAUUUACAGGAGGAAUGUAACAGAAGAGUUUAUAUGAAUUUCUAAUGAAUGUGGAUUCGUAUUUGUAACUUUGUAUAGAUGAGUAUCUCGGGUUUUUUUUUUUUUUUUUUUUUUCGUGUGAUCAUAAAUGCAAGCCAUUUUUACUUGAGACUUU